UCUACCGUUCUCCAUCUCUUCGGUGCCGCCGCGCGAGUUUCUUGCAUUUCUCUUUCCGCGACCGGUCGAACCUCGUCGUCGUCGAUCGUUCUCUUCCCCGAUUCUGUGCCGUCUUCAGGAUCGACGUCGCCACCGAUCAAGAUGUUGCUGGUUCAACCGUCAGAGGAGAUGUCGGAGAAGAUCCGCGUGGAGCUGAACGAAAACGUGGCAACGCGCGACAGCGAUCUCGAAAUAAUCAAGGAAUGGCUCGCCAAACAACCCCACUUACCUAAUACCUAUGAUGAUGGCAGACUGAUGACGUUCCUCCGAGGAUGCAAGUUCUCCUUGGAAAAAUGCAAAAAGAAGCUGGACAUGUACUUCACGAUGAGAGCGGCGGUUCCAGAGUUCUUCACCAACCGAGACGUCACUAGCCCAGAAAUGAGAGAGAUCACCAAACUUAUUCAGAUCCCGCCGUUGCCCGGCCUGACGAAAAACGGUCGCCGGGUGAUCGUUAUGCGAGGUGUCGACAAGGACGUGCCGACCCCGAACGUGACCGAGACGCUGAAGCUGGUGAUGAUGAUAGGGGACAUACGUCUGAAGGAGGAACUGGUCGGUGUCGCGGGCGACGUGUACGUCCUGGACGCCAGCGUCGCGACACCGGCGCAUUUCGCGAAAUUCACGCACGGGAUCGUGAAGAAGUUCCUCGUGUGCGUGCAAGAGGCAUACCCGGUCAAGCUGAAGGAGGUACACGUGGUGAACGUCAGCCCCCUCGUCGACACCAUCGUCAAGUUCGUGAAACCGUUCCUCAAGGAGAAGAUACGCAACAGGAUCUUCAUGCACAGCGACGUCAAGACCCUCUACGAUUACGUUCCCAAGGAAAUACUGCCCACGGAGUAUGGUGGCGAUGCUGGGCCCAUUCAGGUCAUCCACGAAACAUGGUUGAAGAAACUCGAAGAGUACCGUCCAUGGUUCUUGGAGCAGGAAUCCGUAAAAGCAAACGAGGAUCUUCGGCCAGGAAAACCAAAGACCCACGACGAUCUAUUUGGUAUCGAUGGAUCAUUUCGACAGCUGAAUGUCGAUUAAGACAGCAUAUCGUGAAUUCAGCUAAAGUAAAAUGAAAAGGAUAUGUAUAUAGAACAACGUCGAUGAGCAGGUCGAAAAGCUUUAAGAUAAUAUCGAUAACAAUUACACAGAAUUAUAUUUUUUUUACUAUUCAUCGUUUUAUAAAUAAAAUACCAGAACCAUUUUAUCAUGCUUGUACAUUUUAGUGGUCUUAGAAAACGGUAUGAAACUUCAACUUUUUCUUUCGAGCCCUUUCGCGUCGUCGAUGAUCAGUCGACGCCUCGAACAUGAGGUCAAGAAUUUAUUUGUACAUAAACAAAUAAAUGUAUUAUUAUUCUAAUAUAAAAUCGUCCAUAUUUUUCUAUAUUAAAAAUUUUCUUUCGCGUACCCGUAUCCGUGGAUCGUGAGAUGCAAUCCGUGUCAGAAAAUAUUGUUUUAUAUUUUCCAGUCGAAAAGGAAAUGUGAAAAAAGCAUUCGUUUCGUAUUAUAACAAUUGGAAUGUUCAAGAUUAGAUGGGCAAACGUUUGGUAAAUAUUCGUUUAUUUUUACUAGAAAUUUUUAACAAUAAAGAGUGUUCUAUUGUGUUCAGAAUGGUGAUAGUUGAUUUUCGUUCGAAACGCAGAAAAAUUGUAAUGGCGCCUUUUGUUGUCUGUAUAUAGAGUGUUUUGUUUACGUUCUCUCGAUUCAAUUUUUUUUAAGAAACUUGCAUCUUUUAUCAACUCCACGCCACACUGUGGGAAAUAGGCUCGGUUUAUGUGCAAUGUACGAUAUACAUAUAAGUAUGUGAAAAGUAGAGAAUGUACAGUUCGCAAAGCAAAUCAUGGAUGCAACAAAGCAUUUGUUUAUACAAGGUGUUCGGCUAUUCCUGGGAAAAAUUUUAAUGGGGGAUUCUAGAGGCCAAAAUAAGACGAAAAUCAAGAAUACCAAUUUGUUGAUGGAGGCUUCGUUAAAAAGUUA